UCACAUGUUACAAAGGAAUGUAGAUUUUGUAUUCUUACAUAGUUGAACGGCCACCCAACUGUGUGCCAUCCAUCAUCUUCUCUAGGACUCCAGACGAGCUCGAAAGACCCUGGAAAACAACCAUGUAUGCUAGAAUUGCUUUUCUAGUGUUAUUCGCCUUGUGUUGUGUCCAAGGAGGAAGGAARAACAAAGGAAAACACAGAGCAAAAGCAUAUCGUCGAUUUCCCAAACCUGAACGGUGGAUGCUCUACUCGUCCGAAUAUGACCCCGUCGUGGAAGAGAAUGGCUGUUUCGACCUGUACGGUCCGAGAUGUGUGCUCUAUGCAAAUAAUCCCGGCUACUGCCAUUACAACGAAGAAUUCAUGAAAAAAUUCUGCAAAAAGUCCUGCAAAUGGUGCAAGGACAUGGGAGACAGGGAUCCCAUCAUGGGACGCAUACAGUCUCUAACUAACGGCGGAGGACUCAAAAAUGAGAAAUUAAUACAAGGUUUUCUCAACGGAG